AUGUCUUUUAUUACAAAACGACAUAUCUGUUCCGUUCUAUCAUUAUAUCAUGAAAUUAAUUUUGUUAAAUAUCAACAACGAUAUAAAGUUACUGUUACUGAUGGACAUCGAUCAGUUACUAGACCUCGUUCAUCAAUCAAAGGUGUUGAAUUACUCCGAAAUCCAGCAUUGAAUAAAGGUACAGCAUUUACACUCGAAGAAAGACAACAUAUGGGUAUACAUGGUCUUUUACCACCCGCAGUUGUUUCACAAGAUGUUCAAAUACUUCGUGUUAUGAAAAAUCUUGAGCGAGCACAAGAUGAUCUCGAUCGAUAUAAUGAAUUGAUGAAUUUAUCUGAUCGAAAUGAAAAAUUAUUUUAUCGAGUACUUGCAGAUAAUUUAGAAAAACUUAUGCCAAUUGUUUCUGUACCUACAGUUGGUUUAGCUUGUCAAAAAUAUGGUUUAGUAUUUAGACGACCAAGAGGUCUAUUUAUUACAAUACAUGAUAAAGGUCAUAUUUAUGAUAUAUUAUGUAAUUGGACAGAACAACAAGUUAAAGCAAUAGUAGUCACUGAUGGUGAACGAAUUUUAGGUUUAGGAGAUCUAGGUGCUUUUGGUAUGGGUAUUCCUGUUGGUAAAUUACAAUUAUAUACAGCUAUUGCUGGCAUAUCACCACGACAUUGCUUACCUAUUUUGCUUGAUGUUGGUACUAAUAAUGAAGAGAUUUCAUCAAAUCCUCUUUAUAUUGGUCUACGACAAAAACGUGUCGUGGGUAAAGAAUAUGAUGAGUUCAUCAAUGAAUUUAUGCAAGCAAUUGUACAACGUUUUGGCUGGCAUUGCCUUAUACAAUUUGAAGAUUUUGCUAGUCAUAAUGCACAAAAACUUCUUGAAAAAUAUCAAAAACAAUAUUGUACAUUUAAUGAUGAUAUUCAAGGUACAGCUGCAGUUGUUCUUGCUGGUGUCAUUGCAGCACUUCGUAUAACCGGUAAAAAAUUAAGUGAAAAUACAUAUCUUUUUGUUGGUGCUGGUCAAGCAGCCUGUGGUAUAGCUGAUUUAAUAACACAUGCAAUGGUACGUGAAGGAUCUUCAAUUGAAGAAGCACGAAGUAAAAUUUGGAUGUAUGAUAUACAUGGACUUAUUGUUCAAAAUCGACCUCAAGGUGAUUUAAAAGGUCCAAAAAUAUCUUAUAUAAAAAAAGGAAGAGCAAUUAAAGAUCUUUCAUCAGUAAUUGAUUAUGUCAAACCAACUGUACUCAUGGGUGCUAGUGGAGUAGCAAGACUUUUUCAUGAUGGUGUACUUAGAAAAAUGGCUCAAAUUAAUGAACGUCCGAUUAUUUUUGCUUUAUCAAAUCCAAUUAAUCGAGCUGAAUGUACAGCUGAAGAAGCAUAUCGAGAAACAGAUGGUAAAUGUGUAUUUGCAUCAGGUAGUGCAUUUAAACCAGUCAUAUAUAAAGACAAAACAUUUCAUUCGGGUCAAGGAAAUAAUGCAUAUAUAUUUCCAGCUAUUGCUUUAGCUACUAUUGCAUGUGCAGCUCGUCAUGUGGAAGAUGAUAUGUUUUUAAUAGCUGCUCAAAAACUUGGUUCAUUAUUAACUCAAAAAGAAUUAGAUUCAGGUCGUGUUUAUCCACCUAUACCAACUCUUCGUGAAGUGACUAUUAAAAUUGCUGCUCAUUUAGUCGAAUAUCUUUAUAAAGAAAAGAAAGCUUGGUAUUAUCCAGAACCAAAAGAUAAAGAAGAAUUUGUUCGUAUGCAAUUAUAUGACACAAGUUAUCAAUAUUUUGGCUCGUUAACAUGGCAAUGGCCUGAAUUACAUAAAAUACCACGUAACAUUCAAUCUAUUGAUGACAAUAUUGCUUUUCACUCUUAA